AUGGAUCCCAACCAGACGCCCGCGGGGCCUGAUGGCCCUGAUAAAGAAAAGAUGGAGCAGAUUCGAGCACGGCGUCUGGCCAAGCUGGGCAACCCAACUCCCCCAAAGCCGGCGGAGAGCACGCCUGCAGAAGCCGGAAGCUCAUCUUCGCCUGCUCCUCCGCAGUCGGGCUCUCCAGCCCCCGAGGGCGAAUCCGAGACCAAGAAGACCAAGAUCACCAUCACACCGGCGGCCCAGCCGACCUCAAACCCUUUUGCGCAGCUCGGCGUGCGGUCGAGCAAACCGACCGACCCCGAAGGCUCUACAGGUACUUUUCGUGUUGCUCGCAAGAGGUCCGCCUCUCAAGUUGACGACGUCCUUUCAGCACCACCCCCGCGUAAAGACACGCCCGUCCAGCCCGAGUCGGAUGAGGACUAUGCCGAUAGAAUUCUAAGCCAAAUCUUCCGCGUAACGGUCGAUCCCCACCGGAUGACAAGCAAUGGCAACCAUCGCUUGACCUUUCUCCCGAAUCUGAACCAAGAGCUCAACGAAUCCGGGGAGCCUCUGAAGCUGUCUGUUAAUAAUUUGGAUCAGGCCAUCAUAGAGGCUUGCAGCAGCUGGCCUUCAGAUAAGCCUCUGAUGCACUAUCUCCUGCCAUGCUGGAAGAGAGCUGUCAAGGCAGCGUCAGCGAAUAAGCAAACGAGCGGCCCUAAGUUCGACCUAAGCGAAGAGUCGAAGCGUUUGUGCAUGAGCAACUGCCUCUUCGCCGUUACUAUGCCGGUUUUAUAUGGCCGUGAGCCAAACCCAAACCAUGAUACUAUUGCCCCUUAUCUUCUAAAGGGUCCGAUAGAUGAGGGUGGAAUUUGCCUCGAUUUCAUCAAAGAGGCUAUUAAGCGGUUUGACGAUGACGAGGCUUUUCCAGCCAUCUUCAACGAUGCCAUGGUCAAGCUCAGCACUCAGCUAUCUGCACUUUCCAUGAGCGAUGAAUACAAGCCAUAUGUCCAGGCACUGCUAACAUACACACGCUUCCCUAUCUUAAUAUCUAAUCUCGCCAAACAUGCCUGCUUCAAACUACCUCUUUCGCCACACACCAUUGAGAGGAACACUAUUCUUGGCCCCUUUUUUCGUUUAUCCCCCUUACAGCCAGAAGUGAUAAAAAGCUACUUUCCCGGGUCGCGUACUCUAGACAAGGCACGCAUUACUAACGCGCAAGACGCAUUGCGAAUGGUAUUGAGGACACACCAAGACGACCUAUUUGUGAUUACCAACGCUUUCAUCCGGGCAGGGCCAGAUACAAGAAACCGUACACUGGAUUGGUUUGCAUACAUCCUAAACACCAACCACAAGCGGAGAGCUAUCCAGGUGGACCCUAGAGAGGUUGCCUCUGACGGAUUUAUGAUGAACAUCACCACGAUUUUGGAUCGGUUCUGUGAACCAUUUAUGGAAAUGGAUUUCAGCAAAAUAGACAAGAUUGAUGUCCGAUAUUUUAGGAGGCAGCCGCGAGUUGAUAUCUCUGAUGAGACCAAACUUAACGCCGAUCAAGCCGCUGCUGAAAAGUAUUACGCUCAAAAGGAAGACGGGGACUCAAACUUCAUCUCUGAGGCCUUCUUCCUGACACUGGCUGCCCACCAUUAUGGCAGCGAGGCACUCAACUCGCAGCUGAAGAAUCUCGAUCGCGAGAUCAAGUACUUGGAGAGACAUCUCAAGGCUAUGGAGGCAGAGCGAUCAAAAGUAGCCAACGCGCCGCAUCAACUUAGGCUGUUCGAAGAGACGCUUAAGAGGCAUACGAACGUGCUGGAGAAGACAAUAGCGCUGAAAUACUCCAUUGAGGGCGUUCUGCUCGACGAAAGGAUGCAGAGCACUUCUCUGCGGUUCAUGCGAUAUGUCGCUGUAUGGCUGCUUCGUAUUGCAACAGGGUCUGAUUACAAGCCUGGAACUGAAACUGAGACCAUCAAGCUACCUAUCGAAUUAGCAAACUCUGACGCUUUUGCGUAUCUUCCUGAAUAUGCACUUCAGAAUAUUGUUGACAACUUCAAGUUUGUGUUCCGAUGGCUUCCUACCAUUCUUCCCAGCGCUGUGGGCGAGGAAAUGAUUGCUCUGUGCAUCACCUUCCUCCGGUCUUCAGAACAGAUCAAAAAUCCAUAUCUCAAAUCAUCACUGGUGUCUCUGCUCUUCUCCGGAACCUGGCCGUUUAUGCACCUCAAGAGAGGUGUUUUGGGCGAUCAGCUCAUCUCCAUCAAGUUUGCCAACGACUUUUUGUUGCAUGCUUUGAUGAAAUUCUACAUCGAGUGCGAGUCUACUGGAGCCAACACGGCUUUCUACGACAAGUUCAACAUACGAUAUGAAAUCUUCCAAGUCAUCAAAUGCGUAUGGGUUAAUGAUGUUUACAGACAACAGCUUAUCAAAGAAAGCAAGGUCAACCGGGGUUUCUUUGUUCAAUUCGUCAAUAUGCUUCUAAAUGAUACUACCUACGUGCUUGAUGAGGCAUUCACAAAGUUCCCCAAGAUGCGCGGUAUUGAAAGAGAGCUUGUUGAGAAUAAAACCAUGUCAACAGAGGACCGACAGAAGAAGGAAGAGGAGUUACAGAGCCUAGGAAGCCAAGCGACAUCUUACAUGCAGCUUGCCAACGAGACCCUUGAGAUGAUGAAACUCUUUACCAAGACGUUAAGCGAGGCCUUCACCAUGCCUGAGAUUGUCUCACGUCUGGCGAGCAUGUUGAACUACAACCUCGAGACGUUGGCCGGCAAGAAAGCUGCAGCCGAGUUGAGCGUUUCGAACAGAGACAAAUACCACUUCCGCCCUCUUCAGCUGCUCUCAGACUUUGUCGAAAUCUACUUGAACCUUGGAGCAUCAUCUGUCUUCAUCGAAGCUGUCGCAGCGGACGGGCGCUCUUACAAGCCAGAGGUUCUGGAUCGCGUCGCCUACAUCCUUUCAUCGAAACACCAGAAAGACCCCGCAGAUAUUGCUCGAUGGGACAAGCUCAAGACCAAGUUUGUCCAGGCGAAGGAGCAGCAGGAUCAAGCCGAGUUGGAUCUCGGCGACAUCCCGCCCGAGUUUGAAGACCCCAUCAUGGGAGAGCUGAUGAAGGAUCCCGUGCUCCUGCCGAGUCGGCACGUUGUCGAUCGAUCGACCAUCGUGCAGCACUUGCUGAGCGACCCGAAAGAUCCAUUCACGCGCCAGCCUAUGACUAUCGAGGAUGCCGUUCCGCAGACGGAGCUGAAGGAGAAGAUUGAGAAGUGGAGGCUUGAGAGGAUUCAGGCUUCGAAGGAGAAGCUGGCACAACAAGGAGAUGAUGCCAUGGAUACUGCUGAGGGCUAA